ACCGGAAAGCCGGCUUGUCUCCAUUCUAGAGAAGUGGCCGUUCUUGUUCUCCAAUACAUUAGCAACACAUCUUGACGUAUAGCAAGUAAUGUGUUUCGAGGGCAGACUUGUUCUGCCGCGAUUCAUCACUGCAUUGUGUUUGUGCUGUAAGAUAAUAGGAAUUGUAAAGUUGCGUUUUAGUUACUCUCUAAUCUUUAUUACGUCUUAGUUGUGUUGUUAGCUAGCUAGCUAACUACCUGCCAGCCCGCUGGUGCGUUAGCUGCCAAGCCUAAAGGCCGAGCCGCCCGUCAUCCAACACUGUCUGAUAAAGUAUCUUAAUGGGGAAAAAUAGGACCUCAUAUCUGGAAAACAACUAUUAAUUCAAUAGAAGUGAAUCAUUCGGGCAACCCCGCGCCCGUCACAUGCCCGAGCAAGGCCCCAGGAUGAAUGGGUUUUCUCUCGGCGAACUAUGCUGGCUGUUCUGUUGUCCGCCCUGCCCCAGUCGCAUCGCGGCUAAGCUGGCUUUCCUCCCACCGGAGCCCACGUACUCGAUGCACAGCGAUGCUAAUGGGGUAACUAGCUUACAUUUAACUGAACGGGCAGACUGGCAGUACUCUCAACGUGAGCUCGAUGCCGUGGAAGUGUUUAGCACCAGAAGCAGCCGGGGUAAUCGGGUUGGGUGUAUGUUUGUGCGGUGCGCCCCGAACAGUCGCUACACGCUGCUGUUUUCCCACGGUAACGCUGUGGACUUGGGGCAGAUGUGCAGUUUUUACAUCGGCCUCGGCUCCAGGAUCAACUGCAACGUGUUCUCCUACGAUUACUCAGGCUACGGGGUCAGCACUGGCAAGCCCUCUGAGAAGAACCUGUAUGCGGACAUCGAGGCUGCCUGGCAGGUCCUGAGGAACAAGUAUGGCGUAACACCUGAGAACAUCAUCCUGUAUGGUCAGAGUAUCGGCACUGUGCCUACCAUAGACCUGGCUGCUCGCUAUGAAUGUGCUGCUGUCAUCCUCCACUCACCACUCAUGUCAGGGCUUCGGGUGGCCUUCCCUGACACACGGAAGACUUACUGCUUUGAUGCCUUCCCCAGUAUUGACAAGAUGUCGAAGGUGGCGUCCCCAGUGCUGGUGAUCCACGGUACGGAAGACGAGGUCAUCGACUUCUCCCACGGUCUGGCCAUGUACGAGCGCUGCCCCCGCGCUGUCGAGCCACUGUGGGUGGAGGGAGCCGGUCACAACGACAUUGAACUGUACGCCCAGUACUUGGAGAGACUCAAACAGUUCAUCUCCUUUGAGCUUCCCACAUCCUGAGGGGAGUGCAGCACUCAGGCCUGGGUUCACACUCAAGAAGCCGCCUCCUUCUCAUCUCCCACUUUCUUCUUAGCAUUGGGGCAGGACUGGAGUCAGCUGAUCACACCGGUCUCCCCUAACCUUGGAGCCAUUAUAGGGUAGGAAUGUGUAGUGGACUGGAAGAGGAAAAAAGGGUUUAGUGUUGAGGUACAGGCGAGAGUCAGUGGCCAGUACCGGCCGGGAGUUAAUAUAUAUUGUCCCAAAACCUGGCUGGUGCUCCUACACGUGGACACAUGUCAAUGAGCCCAGGCCAAGGCAGUGUUUGCACUCUCUGCUCAAUCUGAAUUCCUUCUGAACUCCAGCUCUCCUUCCCUUCCUCUACUCACUCGGUCUCCCUGAGUGUUUCUGUGUCAGUGUAUCUCACUGUGAGCGUCAGUCUGUCACAUUUCCUUAUUUUUCCCUCUGUUCCUCCCAUCCUUGCUUCUUUUUUUUUACCGAGUCUUUGCAGUGUUCAACUUGAUUUUUAUAUUCUUUUAUACCAGGUGAAGAAGUAUCAAUUUUGCACUUCGAAAUACAAGUGUUUUACCCUUUCUUUAUUUUUAAGUUACCAUUCAGGGUUUACCAAACAAUUGCACUUUUAUUGUGCAGAUUUUCCAGGUAAAGAUUUUUCUUUUUGGAAUGUGUAUAUUUGAUUCUUUUUUGUUGUCUGCAUUCCAUGUUUUUAAUGCAGGUAGAACUUGUGUUCAGUUGGGGUGUGUUUUUAGAAGCUGUUAACCAGAGUGCUCAGCUGCACAUCUGGCCUUUGUUGUUGUGAUCAUGCUUCUCUCUCAUACAGGAAGACAAUAAUGCCAAGCUUCAUUAGGAAAUAUAAUAUGCCUUGCUCAUUGCCACCCAUACAAAUCUGGGAGAUUAUUACUUGCAUACUUGCAUACUUUAGAGCCACUGGUAAAUUGAGCAGUCAGCACAUGUGUCAAUAUAAAGCCAACAUUUAGAGUUUGUCUAUUAACAAUGAUUAACACCACGAAAGGCUGCAGUAAAGCGCAAUGUGCACCUCGGAAAGUGUUUAUUGCAAUAUGUUGUGAUUGGUGGAUCAUCGACAUGUAAAACGUAAUGCUGAUCGAUCUCAAUGAUCUGUUCUCAACGGGUCAUUGAUAUAAUCUGAUGUUUCACAAUAUAAAACACUUUGGCAUCUGGUGAAGCCAUUGAUGGAAAAAUUAAUAUUUCUCUGUUACACACAGUCUAAUUAGCGUGUUCAUUUUGUGUGUGCAUCAAAAUGCUCACUUAUUGUAUCGCACCAGGUGCUCACCAUUGCCAUGUAAUACAGAAGCUUUCCUCAGUAGGGAGAGCAGCCGGUAUCGGGCUGUCCUGUAAUAAACUGGAGAUCAUGUGGUGAUCAGACUUGGCUCGGUGCUCUGAACUACAGCCGGGAGCUUGGUGCUGGGUCACCUGCAGACCGAUGACACUGAACGUUGAACUCCGCUCCAUGUGGAGGUGUUCAAUGUGAACACGCUGUCGCUGGGUUUUUGUGUUAUCAGUAAUUUCACACUACAAAUGAAGCCUUAUGUUCGUAAACAUUUCACCCAGUCCUGUUGACGACAGCAGGUCUUCAGGGGGACUGAGAACUGCUGCUAACCAUCAGAUAAAUCAGUCAUUCAAUCACUGUGAAAGCCAGACAGUUUGGGGUCUACUGAAACGAUCCUGACCACUGUCACCCCCUUCAGUCAGCCAUGUGCUCCUGCUUGCAGUCGGAGAGGGUCCUCUCUUACCAACGCUACGUCUGCUGAGCCCUGUGGCGGUUUGCUGCUGUUCAAAGACAAAGAACCACGAUGGGGAAAUGAAAUGCUGUGGAAAGCAAGGCAUGCAAAUCCCUCUUAUAGUUGCAGACAUUUCAACUGUUUUAAUUGUUUGUUCUUUUACCCUUGCAAAGUAAAACACAAAUACCUCCUGUUUCAUGGAUUGUGGAGUUCCAUUCAUACAUUGUCAUAUUCAUGUAAUGUGUUUAUGUAACUCUAACUCUGUUCAUCUGGUCACAUGACAUCUAUUCUUCUGUCCAUCCGGGGAGAGGGAUCCUCCUCUGUUGCUCUACAGAAGGGUUUUUCCUGAUCCGAUGUGAGGUCAAAGGUCAGAGAUGUCGUAUGUGUACAGAUUGUAAAGCCCUCUGAGGAUAAUUUUUAAUUUGUGAUAUUGGGCUAUACAAAAUAAACUGUAGAACUAAAACAUUCACAUUGGAGUAGGACAAGAAACCCUAUCCCAUUUGCAGUAAAUUCAGAACACGUUUUCAGAGGCGAAUGGUGUCUGAGGGAUAUUUGCAUAGUGAUUAUUGAUGAUCAUUUGAUCGCUCUGUGUAGUGGUUUGAAGUGGUUUGUCAGUUAAGUAUUUAGUGUUUUCUGAUUCUAGCUGAUGUUUUUGGAUAAAGAGCCCUUGGUCAUCUCUAGUGUAUUUCCUGUAGCUCCUCUUUUUAAAGGAAAUGAAGAUCCUGCUUUAGUGCUGAUUAUUGUUUUGAUACUGACAUUUUUAUGAGGUUUUCCAGUCUAAAUGUUGAUAGUUACACUGUCUCUUAAGCUGCUUUGUACAAUUAUCCUCUGUGAUAGUAUACUUCAAUAUCUUCUCUAUACAUAUUAGCCCUCACACAGGGUCGUCUAGUCUCAUUGCUUUAACACUGGAAUCACAAUAUGCAAAUGGUAGGCAGAUGAAUCCAGUAGAAUCCGAUUUUGGUAAUGUGUAAAACAGAUGAAAUGAGCCUUAAACAUGCCGUGAACUGAUUGUCAUACAUGUGGUAGUAGCAAGAAGGCAGCAAAAUGGAUGUGUUAAUGCUUAUAAUGGAAUAAAGGAUGCAUGGAAGUGUG